AUGAARAACACURCUGCUGAARGRACUGUGGAGGCUCYGCGCUCAAWUUUUGCUAGACUGGGUCUCCCAGAACAAAUAGUGUCCGACAACGGGCCGCAGUUCACUUCUGCAGAGUUUAGGAAGUUCACAGAAGGGAACGGAAUCCGUCACGUUACAGRAGCGCCCUACCACCMAGCAACCARCGGUCUGGCUGAGAGACUAGUCCAGAGUUUUAAGCAUGCAGUGAAAGCAGAUAAGUCGAAUAGAACGCUCCAACAUAAGAUCGAUCGGUUCUUGCUGGCGUAUCGCACUGCGCCGCAUGCUACUACCGGUAUAAGUCCAGCGCAGUUGUUGUUCCAGAGGAAUCCAAGGACCAGGUUAGAUCUCCUUAAACCGAGUGUCAAGAGCACUGUAGACAGAAAGAACCUACAAGAUGAAACUAGGCCUUUCUCGGUUUUCCGCGAGGGUGGGUUCAUGGUACUGUUCUGGAGCAGGCAAGAGCCCCCGGCUAGUACAGACGCCGUGAACUUGAGUGGUCAUGAUGUCAAGGUCAGCACUGACUGCCCAGCUGAGGGUGAAAGAUCAACCGCUGAUCCUACCAUGGUGUCAGUCAACCCGUUGAUGCUCCAAGGCCGCAGCAGAGUCAAGCAGCUGAAGGUUAAAAGACUACUCGCUGUGGUCGGGUUAUUAGGACCCCAGCUAGGUUCAAGGACUUUGACUCUUCUAGACGAUGAGCAUAAGAACGCUUAA